UCAAUAAUUUGGUGUAAACUGUUGUCUAAUUUUUGCCCAAGUAAAAAAAAAAAAAAAAUCACUCCACGUUCCUUGCUGUGCCUCUUGGCAGGAUUUAUACCCGAGGCUGUCUGUAGUUAAUGGUAUGUAUGCCAUGGUUUUCUCUUUUAAGGGCAUUUAUUUUCCAAUGCUGCCAAAGUGACAGUAGCACAGAGAAAGAAGUGGGUUGAGGUUGGGGAGUGGGAGAGAGUAAUGUGUGUUGGGCACAUGCCAGGAACGAGGUUUAGGGUCUUGCAACUGGAGCGCCAGUAAAGCUGCACAAGAAUGUGGAGCCUUCUCAUUUGAUAGUUAAAGAUAGAGGCAGCACAGGCCGCGUCCGAGACAUGUUCUAAUUUCAGACGUAUCUUCGGUCCAACAGUCCAGCUCUUUAGUCGUAAUGUUUCCUCCUUAGUGAUUUGGCCUUGUGUGUGGUUCUUUCUGUCAGGACUUAGUAAUAAGUCAAGGCAAGGCAAGCGGAAGGAGUCACAGCAUGGUGUUUUAUGAGAGAAUGAUUGAAGACUGCGGGUGGAGCGAGGACAACAUGGCAGACAGACGGCAACUGCUUGUCGAGAUGAGGGCUCAAGAUUUGGACUCCAUUCGAUUGUCAACAUACAGGACGGCCUGCAAACUCAGAUUUGUGCAAAAGAAAUGCAAUUUGCAUUUGAUCGACAUCUGGAACAUCAUUGAGGCUUUCCGAGAGAAUGGCCUCAACACUAUGGAGUUAGACGCUGAGCUCCCUGUGACCCGCCUGGAAGUCGUGCUGUCCACAAUACUGUACCAGCUGAACAAGCGCAUGCCCACUACGCACCAGAUCAACGUAGAACACUCAAUCAGUCUGCUGCUCAACUUCCUUCUGGCAGCCUAUGACCCAGAGGGCCACGGCAAGGUUUCUGUCUUUGUUGUAAAGAUGGCCCUGGCAACAUUCUGUGGAGGGAAAAUUCUGGAUAAAUUAAGAUAUAUUUUUUCACAGAUAUCCGAUCCGGCUGGAAUCAUGGAGUAUGCGCAGUUUGACAUGUUCCUGAAGGAGAUUCUGAAGCUGCCCAUGGCAGUCUUUGAGGGGCCGUCAUUUGGCUACACGGAGCAAGCGGCCAAGAGCUGCUUCAUGCAGCAGAAAAAGGUCUCUCUCAACAUUUUCCUGGACACUUUGAUGUCAGACCCGCCUCCUCAGUGUCUCGUGUGGUUACCGCUCAUGCACCGGCUGGCUAAUGUGGAGAAUGUUUUCCACCCGGUCGAGUGCUCCUACUGCCACACUGAGAGUAUGAUGGGCUUCCGCUACCGCUGCCAGCAAUGUCAUAAUUACCAGCUCUGUCAGGACUGCUUCUGGAGGGGGCAUGCCAGUGGUUCCCAUAGCAACCAGCAUCAAAUGAAGGAGUAUACAUCAUGGAAAUCCCCUGCAAAAAAGCUAUCCCAUGCCCUUAGCAAGUCCCUGAGUUGCGCAUCCAGCAGAGAGCCUCUUCAUCCUAUGUUCCCCGAAAUGCCGGAGAAACCUCUCAACCUCGCCCAUAUUGUAGACACGUGGCCACCAAGACCAAUGAACAUCCCCAGUGAAUACUCGUUUUCCCACUCCAUGCCAACAUCAGGGAACCCGUACUCUACCAAAAAUUUGCCUUACACCAGGAGUCAUGAUAUUGCUCAACAUCUGUUGAAAGGCAGGGGGUUACACUGCAACCUAGAUGCCGUUGACAGACUUGCUGACGAGCACAUUCUGAUUGGCCUCUAUGUGAAACUGCUUCAAAACAACCCCAAGACAUGCUUGCUAGAGAGCACCAACCAUCAAGACGAGGAGCACAGCCUCAUUGCCCGCUACGCUGCUCGCUUGGCUGCAGAUGCUGCGGCGCAGCAGCACAGAGUCCCCGCAGACCUGCCGUGCUCUCUGGAUGCCAACAAACAGCAGAGGCAGCUCAUAGCUGAGCUGGAGAGUAAAAACAGAGAAAUCUUGCAGGAAAUACAGCGACUGCGUCUCCAGCAUGAGGAGGCCUCGCAGCCGCUGCCUGACAGGGGUCAGCAGAACCCCACUCUGCUGGCUGAGUUACGACUUCUCAGGCAACGGAAAGAUGAGCUUGAGCAGAGAAUGUCGAGUCUGCAGGAGAGUCGCAGGGAGCUCAUGGUGCAGCUGGAGCAGCUAAUGAUGCUUCUCAAGCUUUCUGAGGAACAAAAACAAGCUACUCAGGGUACUGGCUCUCCACGCUCAUCACCCAGUCACACUGUCAGCAGGCCCAUCCCUACACCUAUUCACUCAGACUCAGCUGGCACCACUCCAACUCACACACCUCAGGACUCCCUCAUGGGCGUGGGAGGCGAUGUUCAGGAGGCCUUUGCGCAGGGUCCCAGGAGAAAUUUGAGAAACGACCUCCUCAUUGCUGCUGACUCCAUUACCAACACAAUGUCAUCGCUGGUCAAAGAGCUAAAUUCAGAGGGCGGCAGCGAGACUGAGAGCACUGUGGAUUCCGAUUUGGGCCGCGGUGACAUGUUUGCAGUAACAACAACAACCUCAGAUCCCUUCCUCAGCAUGAAUUCCAGAACGGCUGUGGCAGAACAGGAGGAGGAACGUUAUGGGAAUGACCUGGAGCGGCAACUAGAGGAUGAGCUCAAGUUCGAGGAGCUCAUGAAGCACAGGCAGGAUUCAGACAAAACCUGCAUGGUGACACUGCAACAGUGAAAAUGCUGGUCCAGGAAACUGGUGAGCAAUAUCAAGCGCAGCAAUGAGUGACGACACUGGACGUGACAACACUGGCCAGGAUCUCCUCGCUUAGAACAGGGGUCCCCAAACUAUUCUACAUCGAGCCGCAGUGGGUGCAGGAUUUCUUUCCAACAAAACAAGACGACACUUUUGCACCAAUCUGGUGUCUUACAAGAGUAAUCAGUUGAUUGUAGUCAGGCAUUGGUAAAUGGUCUGUGCUUGAUCGCUAGGAACAAAAACCAGGAUCUACAGUGGCCCUUGAGGACUGGUUUGGGCACCCCUGGUUUAGAAUAUACAUUUGUGUAAAGAAUCUAUAUAUUUUUAACCAACCUCAUUUAAAAGGUGAAACUGUGAGCCAAUGAAUAAGUCAAGAGAUUAAUAAUAACCAAGCGCUCUAUUAUUAUUAUACCACAGGUGCCAUAUCAACCACAUAAUUAUUUUUGCUCUGUAUUUGACUCAUCAAGCCGAUGUAGAACGGUACUGUUUUGUGUGUAUAUGUCUGUCUUGUUAUGAUAAUUAUGUUUUAUGUUGCGUUUUUGAUGUUGUUGGGUUUUUUAAAUGUACAAUGCCUAUCUGGUCAAAUUUUACCACUACUGUGGAACCUUGAUUUUCGUGAUUCAGGGUUUGAGGUCACUACAUUGGACAGCUAGUUGAUGAUUUCUGAUCAAGUUCUAAAAACAGUUGAGAAAAGAAUCCUGAUCAUAAUUUGUGGAAAUAAUGUCAAUGUAAUAAAUCCAUCCUAGCUAACCAAAAAUACAGACAAAAUAGAUUUUAUGAAAAGUAACUGCAGUUAAACAAUGGAAUUAUAGAAAUGACUACUGAAGUUGAGAUGAAAAUAAAACACCUUUUACACUUUCAUUGAACACGCUCUCAAAAUAACAAAUCAUGCAAAAGCUAGGGGAUACGAAAACAGGUUCCACAGUAUUUGCAUUUCUUUCUUACCCUUAUUGUAUUGUGUUGUUUACGAAACUUUAUUUGCUACAUUAGUGAUGAUAAUGCACACUGCCUUAGCUUCUUGGAUGGCAUUUCAAUGAAGUUCUAUUAAGCUGUCCUAGGAGCAAGUAGCCAACAACAAUGUGGAAUUAAAAAGUAAAACUUUUUCGCUGGAAAAGAAACACUGGAAAAGCUAAGAUGUAGUUAAACAAUGUACGUAAUUACUUUUUUGUGAUGAUUACAGUUAGUUCUGCUCACCAUGGCCACUUCUCAUCUACAGAAAGCAGAAGCAUUAGAUUGCAAUUUGUUACAUGAAACAAGUUACCAAACAAAAUACGCAACAUUGUGGACUGAGAUUGGAGAGUUUUUCUAUUUGUAAUGGCCACUAAUCAAGGAAAUGCUGUAAAUUAUAUCAAUGAACAUAUUAACCAAAUUUACUUUGCACACUGUUUUACUAUCAGGUUUCUAAAUGUCAUGCUGCCCUAUCUUUUGUCAAUGUAUCAUGUGCUCCACAGUUAAAAUGCUGUAAAAUUUGGCCUACUGUCCAAUCUGGGCCUCCAAAGGUUAUCUGACAUAAGCAGUACGUUGUGAGUGGUUGAGUUAAUGUAAAUUUCGGGUACUGCACUUAAGAGCGUUGAAUAAACAUACGUGCAAGACACAGCUCAGUAUUUCUUUUUCAUCAAGUAAAAUAAUUAAAAAUGUUUCGUAACAUUGAUAGUUUGGACACAUCACGACAUUUUUGCAUUUUAUAAU